AAUGCCCCGCGCUGCGGGCGAGACAGGCUGAACCGGCGAACCUUUGAGAGUCAGCCCACCGCCCCAAACACGUAUACCGCGUAGCUUUGCGCAUUAAUUCACACCUGUAACAGUAUUACAUACCUCUAUGAAAUGUCUGCUACACUACAGCAAGACAGCUAUUCUCGCUGAAGGCGAAAUUUUGGACACUGCCUGAGAGACUCAAGAGCAUCUUUGCUAAUCAACUGGUGCAUUCAGGCCGCGCUGCACACGCACACGCGUGCACGAAGAGGCGUGCGCAUCUUAGUUGUGGCAGAGUUGUACAAAGGACAGGAAGCGAAGUCGGCAGGCUGUGAGAAAGCCGACUGGGCGUGCCCAGUCGCCGGCUGCAGCCACACCAGCUUGCAGCGGCGGGGAGCAGCGGCAGCGGCCCCUUCAGCGCCAGCACCAGGGCCGGCGUGAGCAGUUCGCCACCGGAGCUGGAGACGCACUAGCCCAGCGCUGCCAGCCAGACCCGCGGCGGCGCCGGAGCCCCGCACUCAGGGCCCCGCACGGCCCCACGCGCCCCGAAGGACCCGCGCCGGGCGCCCGCCGCCAGCCAGAGCCUCAGCCCCAAGGAGCGGGCCGAGGCGUCUGUUGUCACCAUGCACAAAUACCGGCUGGUGGCGAAGAAGGGCGAGGGCACUUUCUCAGAGGUGCUUAAAGCCCAGUGCAUCAAGAAUGGCAAGUACGUGGCCAUCAAGUGCAUGAAGAACCACUUUGAUAGCCUGGACCAGGUGAACAACCUGCGGGAGAUCCAGGCGCUGCGGCGUCUGUCGCCCCACGCCAACAUCAUCAAGCUGCUGGAGGUGCUGUACGACCAGCCCACCGGGAGGCUGGCUCUGGUGUUUGAGCUCAUGGACAUGAACAUCUACGAGCUGAUCCGCGGCCGGCGGCACUACGUGGCGGAGGAGCGCAUCAAGAACUACAUGUACCAGCUGAUGAAGUCCAUGGACCACAUGCAUCGCAACGGCAUAUUCCACAGGUGGGGGUGGGCGGGUGGGAGUGUGGAUGGGGUGGGGUGGGCGGGCGGGUGGGUAGGCGGGUGUUGGUGAGGUUUCCUGGGCUGGUGUGGCACUGUGUGGCGUGUGGUAUGCGUGUGGUGGGAGGG